AUGGCCCCAAACCCCACAACCUCGUCGCGGCAACCGCUCAAACUGCUCAUGCUCCACGGCUACACCCAGUCCGGCAGCCUCUUCCACGCCAAAAGCCGCGCCCUGACAAAACACAUCCAAAAGGCCUUCCCCCUCCACGAAGUCUCCACUAGCUACCCAACAGCCCCCAUUCGUCUCCGACCUGCCGACAUCCCAGGCUACGAGCCUUCCUCCGAAGGCACUCCAGACAACGAAAUUGAAUCCUACGGCUGGUGGCGGCGCUCCAACACCGCGAACCCGCCUCUGUACACCGGCAUCGAAGAAGGGUUCGCAGCUGUAGCGCGCACACUGAAAGAAGAAGGCCCAUUCGACGGCGUGAUCGGGUUCUCGCAGGGCGCGGCGCUGGCCGCCAUGGUUGCGGCGCUGCUGGAGCCCGGCCGGAAGGAGUCAUUCGAGCACUUUUCUAAGAUAAGCACUGAUGGUGCGGCGGGGAUGAUGAUUCCAGCGCCGUUUGGCGAGGACGGGUUCCAGCAUCCGCAGCUUAAGUUUGCGAUUUGUUACUCUGGGUUCAGGGCGCUUGGGGCUCGGUAUAGGGCGUUCUAUGAGGAGCCUGCUAUUCAGACGCCUGUGUUGCAUGUGCUUGGGUCUUUGGAUGCUGUUGUUGAGGAGUCGAGGAGUCGGUCUUUGGUCGAGGCUUGUGCUGGUGAGCCUGAGAAGGAGGGAUUGGUUGUUUGGCAUCCUGGUGGUCACUUUUUGCCGAGUCAGCGGCCAUAUCUUGAUGCUGCUGUGCUAUUUAUUCGGGAGCAGUUGAAGCGGAGUGAGGGCUCGAAUGAUAAGGAGGUGGAAGAGGAUGUGAAUGAUAUGGAUUUGCCAUUUUGA